CUGGCGCUGCUGGUGUGAGUCCGGGCAGCGCGUGCAAAGUUCUGCAGACCGUCUGAAACCGGUAGAAGCGCGAGCUGGUCAUUUGAGCGCGCGCCGGACUCCGCGGAUUUUACCUGCUGUGAUUAAACCGGUGGAGGGAAGAGGGGAAGGAGGGAAGGAAGGAGGGAAGAGGGGAAGGCUGACCGACCCUGAGACUGUACAGCCUCGCCUUUGAACCCGGAAUGGAUUUUAUGUAUUUCUUUUUAACUAAAAACAAAACCGCGUAGCUCCCCCUCCCCUCCCUUAGACUAAUCCCUAAACCUGCACACACACACACACACACACACAGGAGUUACUGUUGUUGCUGUUAUUGUUUGUGACUGUUAGAAUAUCGACGCCACCGAAGUGCCUGUGUGUGUGUGUGUGUGUGUGUGUGUUUCGGAGAAAUCAGGCUCCAGGAACAGAGAGUGUGUGUGUGUGUGUGUGUGUGUGUGUGUGAGACAGAGAGAGAGAGAGAGAGAGAGAGAGAGCUCACUUCUGAAAGAUGACAGCCGAGAAAGACAAGAAAAGGAGCACUUCAGAGCGGCGGAAGGAGAAAUCCCGUGAUGCAGCUCGCUGCAGGCGAAGUAAGGAGACGGAGGUGUUCUAUGAGCUGGCGCACCAGCUACCCCUGCCUCACAGCAUCAGCUCCCAUCUGGAUAAAGCCUCCAUCAUGAGACUAGCCAUCAGCUUCCUUCGCACAUGCAAGCUCCUCGCAUCAGGUCACAGUACCAGUGAAACAGAAAUCGACAGACAGAUGGACAGUCUUUAUUUGAAGUCACUAGAAGGCUUCAUCUCUGUGGUAACAUCAGACGGAGACAUGAUCUUCCUCUCAGAGAAUAUCAACAAAUUCAUGGGGCUGACACAGGUUGAACUGAUAGGUCACAGCAUCUUUGAUUUCACUCAUCCUUGUGACCACGAUGAGAUACGCGAGAACCUGAGUCUCAAAAACGGUGUGGGGAAGAAAGGCAAAGAGUUGAGCACAGAGAGAGACUUCUUCAUGAGAAUGAAAUGCACUGUGACAAGUCGAGGACGCACCGUCAACCUUAAAUCAGCCAGCUGGAAGGUGCUACACUGCACAGGUCAUCUUAAGGUGUACAACAACUGUCCUACACACACUCUAUGUGGAUAUAAAAGUUCACCACUCACCUGUGUGGUCAUGGUCUGUGAACCGAUCCCUCACCCCUCCAACAUCGACACACCAUUUGACAGCAAGACCUUCCUCAGCCGACACAGCAUGGACAUGAAGUUCACCUACUGUGAUGAAAGAGUAACUGAGUUAAUGGGCUACAGUCCUGAAGAUCUCCUGGGUCGCUCUGUGUACGAGUUCUACCACGCCCUCGACUCUGAAAGUGUCACCAGAAGCCACCAAAAUUUAUGCACAAAAGGGCAGGCUGUGAGUGGACAAUACCGGAUGUUGGCCAAGCAUGGGGGCUUUGUGUGGGUGGAGACUCAGGGCACCGUCAUUUACAGUAGCCGCAACUCUCAGCCACAGUGCAUCGUGUGUGUCAACUAUGUCCUGAGUGAUAUUGAGGAGAAAGCCACAAUCUUCUCUAAAGACCAGACAGAGUCGGUUUUGAAGACAAAUAUGAGCAGUUUCUUCAGCCAGCCUGGAUCUACUGUGGCCUCUGAGACUAGUGGAGCCAUCUUCACCAAGUUCAAAGAGGAACCCGAAGAUCUCACCCUCUUGGCACCGAAUCCUGGCGAUUGUGUCGUUCCACUUGACUUUGGUCAUCCUUCAUUUGAGGAAUACCCAGUGAGUGCUAAAGUUUCUCCGAUGCAUCCUUCUGCCAAUCACCCAGUCACUGAGUGCCAUAACUUGCCUAAAAUGGGCGGCACCUUGUCCGUACCCCAGGCUCCACCACCCAGCAGUGCCACUCCCAGCAUAAGCAGCUGCUCUACGCCCAGCAGCCCAGAUGAUUACAAAUGCCCGGUGGAUGACCUGAAGAUGGAGAUCACAGAGAAACUGUUUGCUAUGGACACCCAGGGGAAAAACUCUUACAAUCAAGAGAGUGACCUGAGUGAUCUGGACCUGGAGACAUUGGCCCCCUACAUUCCAAUGGACGGUGAAGACUUCCAGCUAGAUCCCAUCUGUCAGGAGGAACCUCUGCCUGAUGCUGCUGCUCUGGGUAUUUCUCAGUAUAGCUUCAACAACAUCGCCAACUUCUUCCAGCCACUGACCCCACCUCCAGAGGCUUACUUCCAGCCCAGCCCACACUCUGCUAGGGACAAGCAGGCACCCAAUGCUGCCACAGUGGAGCCCUGGCCCCCCAUAUUUUAUACGAGCCCCAUGCCUCUGGGACACCACAUGAACACAGCCAGCAUACCACUGGCCUCUAUGGGUGGGCAUCAUGGUCUGCAAUGGCCACCUGACCCGCCAAUAAAUUACUCCAAUACCAAAGGUGGUGUGAUAGACUCCUUGAUGGAUAAACACUCACGUCAAGCUCUGCAAACAAAUUGCAUGUCCCUCCACAAUCAAAGGUCUGUGGAGAAAUACGGACCUUGUAAAUCCUACAGAGACGCAAGCCCAGUCCGGCCCCCAAUACCAAACACUAUGAAGCGCUCAUUUUCGCAGAUGAGCAUGGGGGUAUCAUCUGCUACUAAGCUGCCAGGUAUGUGGAAAAGGAUGAAGAAUGAUAGCUGUGCCAUUUUGAACAGGACGUAUCAAAGCAGCAGUGCCUUAACAGUUGAGCACAUGGGCCACCAGCAAAGGAAGACUCAGUACCACGGUAAUCAAACAGCGCUGGGGAAAAAAGACUACCCAGAACAGCGCUGUAACUACAUAGACUACAACAUGCUGCCCAACACAAAAAUGGAAGGUGUGGCGAGCCGUCUGCUUGGGCCCUCAUUUGAGAUGUGCUGUCUGCCCGAGCUGACGCGUUAUGAGUGCGAAGUGAACGUCCCCCUGCAAGGCAACCUGCACCUGCUGCAGGGCAGUGAUCUACUGUGUGCUUUAGACCAGGCCACUUAGAGUGACCUUUUCUUAGUCAACUAACCUAUCUAUAUCACUCACCUGGACUAUCAACCACAAUCCUGCUUAUAUUCAUGCAGUGUGUUCGAUCAUGGUCCUUCAUUACCCUUCCACUGCACAUUGUACUAUUUUCCUCUCAACAUACCCUGCUCAAUUCAUCAGCCAGUCACUUCAUGAGCACAAAAUGUGCACAACAGCCAGACUCAAAUGCACACACCUUUACCCUACCAUAUAUAAUAAGAAUGUAGCUUUCGGUUUUCUGUUGUUAUUGUCUUUAUCUUUAUAAAUUAUAUGCAGUCUUAUACAUGGUAUAAUACAAUAUACACAAAUUAUACAGUAUAAUACUUUAGUUACAAAAGCUAUUUCUUAAAGGUGCAAUAGUCAUUUUUUAUUUCUCACUUGUACAAAUAACCUGGAAGAUGUAAAAUGUAAAACAUGAUAAAAUAUAAAGGUUUAAGUCAUGGUCUCAGCACACACUGGGAAAACCCAUUUGAAAAACUGACUCCUGGUCUGAAAUGCUUGUUUUUGUUUGACUGUGCCCCUUGUCAGUUAUUUUGUAGACGGUCUACUCUACAGGCCACCAUAGAGCCUAUGGGUGGAGCUUCAUGAACAUGGGUGCGAAUGAGGGGUUGGCACAAGGAGUAAAAAAAAAAAAAAGACAAGAAAAGAAAAGAAAAUUCAGAUGUCAGAUCCACCUACUCAACUGUUAAUGCACCUUUACUGUGCUGAUUUAUUUUCCUUUUAUGUUAAUUUUACUUCUUUUGGCAAUCUGUUUCUGUGCCUUUAGCUAAACUUUUAGUGCAUUUCUCUCUCGGUUUUGCUGUCCUACUCUCUUGAAGAAAGAUAAUCGACUGUAAGAAUGUUAUUUAUCCUCAGACUUUCUGUAUGUCUCUCUAAAUUUCCUACCUCUGACACCUUAAGCCUUUACCUGUUCUAUUUAUGCAUGCUUUAGUGCCUUCUCUGUUCAAUUCCUAAAGUGUACAGCACUACUUUUCUUUCUGUUUCUCUCACUCUCUCUCUCUCUCUCUCUCUCUCUCUCUCCAUGUGGUGACCACUCUAUAUAGUUUUUAUUUUUUCAUUUUAGCUGUAUACAUGAUAUUUAAAGGAGGAUUAUCUAAAGUUUCUAUCAUAAAGUUAAAGUUGUUAAUGUUAAAGUUGUAGCACUCAAAUACCUGGGUACUUUGUCUUGUCUACUCAGUAGAUGUGGAUCGGAGUGCUGAUUUUAAGCGGUCUGUAGUGCUGGUAUCUGUUCCUUUCUAGUGGCAGUUUUUCCCUUUGUGAUACACAAAAGCAUAUUAUAUUUGUUGGCAGGCCAGUCCGGGAAAGGGGGGAGGGAAGAAAAAAAUAUUAAAAUGAGAGAGUCUGUUUUUGAGAUGUAGCAAAUUAGCAAAAGUUCUAUUCAACAUUUUCACUUUGAUCAUUUAUUAAUGAUAUGUGUGACAUUUGUGUUAAGAAAUUGUCUUUAAUAUUUUUAAUAGUAUUUUUGUCACACUAGCCGAGGUUGUUUUUAAAGUCGAAUGAACUAGUAUAAAAAUGGAUUAAUAAAUUUUGACUUACUCUUCUUACUGUUUUUUAAUAGUUGCAUUUGUUGAUGUAAUCAACUAUUCUUGCACCCACACACAUCACAAAGGUGUAUUGGCUGUUAAACUUGGAAUAGUAAGAAACAUCUUUCAGGAGGUCCUCCUCAAUUGUCAGAAAACAAUUUAGGAACAAAAUACAAUUCAAAUACAAUGUUCUGCUUCUGAGUUUAAUUCAAUAUGAGACAUUUACCACCCAAACAGUGCCCCAUUCAUUCACAGCCAGAACGAAAUUCUAGACGCUGUGCUGUACUUUAAGCUACGCAGUUUAGAAGGCUAAGCAGCUCAGUAGAUGUAGCAGUAGAGGCUUGCAAGUUUGAUUUUGCAUAAGUGGAAACUAAUUUUGAACCCUAGGUCAUUUUGUAUAGGCCCCUAAAAAAUGUCCUUGAUGAACUUUUGAUGUUUUUUUUUUUCCAUCCUAUCUGAUACAAUGUUAGGACAUUAUGCACAGUAGACACAAUACCAAUGGAAGAUAAAUGGACAGAGAUAUCAGUGUUCACUGUUGUAAGAUACAGAGAUACAGGCUGCUCAGUCUACCCACUGAUGCACAUCUCUCCAGUCUGAACAACAUCUCUGUCCAUCUGUUUUCCUCCGUCUAGAAAUGACAAAUUGCUGUAUUUACAACCCCAAAUCAGUAAAAGUUGGGAUGGGUUAUGUCGAAAUUUAAAUUGAACCUGAAAGUUAUGAUUUAUAAAUAAUCUUUGACCUGUGUUGCACUCAAAACAAUACAACAGCACAUCAUUUGAUGUUUUACCUCAUGAAUUUUAUUGUUGUUGUUGUUGUUGUUUUCAAAAUAAACCCUUAUUUCAAUUUUUAUUCUUGCAACACAUUUAAAAAAAAAGUUGGGACGGUAAAGCAUUUACCACUUUAUAAUGUUGCCAUUCCUUCUCACAACACUUAAAUAAAAAAGCUUUAGGGACUGAAGACACCAACUGAUGAAGUGUUUCAGGUGUUAUGUUGUCCCAUUCUUCUGGCAAACAGGUCUUAAGGGGUCAUGAUUAUCAUAUUUUUAAUUUCAAAAGUCACCACACAUUCUCUAUUGAGGCAGAGAGGACAGGCACCCUCUUCUUCCACAGCUAUGUCUUUGUAAUGUGUGCAGAAUGUGGUUUUACAUUGUCUUGUUGAAAUAUCCCUGGAAAAGAUGUCGUCUUGAAGGCAGCGUAUGUUGCUCCAAAAUCUCAAUGUACUUUUCUGCAUUAAUGCUGCCAUCACAGAAGUGUAAGUUACCUUUGCCAAGGGCACUGAUACAACUCCAUACCAUGACAGACCCUGGCUUUUGGACUUGUUGCUGGUAACAAUCUGGAUGGUCCUUUUUGUCUUUGGUCCGGAGCACACAGCAUCUAUUUCUUCUAAAAGUUCUGGAAUACUGAUUUGUCUGACCACAAUACACAUUUCCACUGUAUGAUGGUCCCAGAUGCCUCCGAGCACAGAGAUGUUGAUGGUGCUUCUGGAGACAGUUAAUACUAUAUAAGGCUUCCUUUUUGCACAGUAAUGUUUUAACUGGCAUUUGUGGAUGUAACUCUGUAUUGUGGUGCUUAACAAAGGGUAAUCCUGAGCCCAUGUGGUUAUAUCAGCUAUAGAUGAAUGAUGGUUCUUGAUGCAGCGCUGUCUGAGGGAUUGGAGAUCACAGAUGUUCAGCUUUGGCUUGAGCCCUUGCCCUUUACACACCAAAUUCCUCCAGGUUCCUUGAAUUGUUUAAUGAUAUUAUGUACCUGAGCCCAUGUGGUUAUAUCAGCUAUAGAUGAGUGAUGUUUCUGGAUGCAGCGCUGUCUGAGGGAUCGGAGAUCAUGAGUGUUCAGCUUAGGCUUGUGCCCUUGGCCCUUACAUAUCGAAAUCCCUGCAGAUUCCAUGAAACAUUUAAUGAUAUUAUGUACUGUAGAGGGUAAAAUAUCCAAAUUCCUUCCUAUCUUUCUUUGAGGAACAUUGUUUUGAAACAUUUCAAUAAUUUUCUCAUGUAUUUGUUGACAAACUGGAGAUCCUCAGCCCAUCUUUACCUCUCAAAGGCUAGGCCUUUCCUGGAUACUGAUUUUGUACCAAAUCAUAAUUACAGUUACCUGUUGACAUCACUUGCUUCAAAUUACAUCAUUAUUUAAUGGCUUUACCUCAUUACUAGCCCUAAAUUUCCCUGUCCCAACUUUUUUGGAAUGUGUUGCAGGCCUGAAAUACAGGAAUGGAUGUACAGUAUAUUAACAUAUAAUUACAUGAACGUAAUUAUUUUUUCUAGAAAAACAAAAUAUAAACCACAGUCAGAUAUACACUCAUGAUUAGUGGAAAUCCUGUGGUUGAACACCAGCUUCAGGGCCAGAUGUAUAUGACUCAAUGUGGCUGAAAAAUGCAUGUGACAUUUGUUCAAUUUAUUUGAAAUGCAAAUAAUGAAGAGAAAAUAUUAAUAAAAAGACCCUUGUGUCAGAACAAGAAAAUGGCACAGAGGGUAUUAAUAUGGCUCAUAUGCCAUUAAAUCCCCAAUUGGCUUUACCCUAAUGAAAAGAAAAUGUGCACCUAUAAUUGAUGUAUGUGUUCAUGACAUAGGCUGUGUUAAAAUAGUAUUAAAUUGUUCCCAUCCUUGGCACUGGGAUGGAACCCUUAAGGGUAAAUCAUUUGUAUCUUUAAUAUCUUCUAAAUGAUAUCUUUAAUAUGUAUCUUUCGCCUCGAAAUGUGGAUCUAGUGUACUUAAAAUGAUUACAUAAAUGGGCCAUGAUUAGUUUUUAGAGUAAAGCUAAUAGUAUAGUACAUGCACCUUUCUAGCUAAAAGAUGCAUUGUUGAGGCUACUACCUCAGCAGUGAGGAAAGGUACAGUUUAGUACCCUUUUUUUUCUGAGAGAGUUGGUUACUCAGGCUUCAUUCCAAUGAACAAACGGAAUUAAAGCACAGAGUUUGCCUAAACUGUGCUUUCACCAAAAUUCUAAAAUUGUGUUGUAUUAUGAAAUAUUAUUCGUAAUAAUACGAAUAUCUCUGAGAAGUAAUGAAAUAUUAUUCUGCAGGAAAAAAAUGCACCUUUCACAACAUUGGUUCCACUGCUAUGAGAAAAACACAUGGCACUAAUUUACAUCCAAGGCGGACAAAUCACACACAAAACUCUCACGAAAUGCCCUACGUAUGCAGUAAGCUGCACUUCUCGAGCUUUUUGCAUGCUCAAGUUGCACAUUUUGUACAUAACACCCAAAGGUUUGUUGUGGCUGAAUUGAAAGCAUGUGCAAAGAACAUACAUCUGGCCACCAGUGUUUUAAAAAGGUAUUAUCAACCAUGAACAGGAAUUUUUGCUGAAAUUUUUGCUACAAAAUUGAUGCCAAGGUAAAACAUAGUAAACGAAGUAAACUUGUAUCGUAUUGUAUUGUGAUGUGGUCAAAUAUAUAUUUUAACACUGUUGAUGCUCUUUUAGAUGUCUAUUUUCUAAAACAGUCUCAUUGUCUCCUUAAAAGUUUGGGCUUGUUAGUCACAGGAAGCAAUUCUGUAUUUUAAUGUGCUAAACCAUUAUUAUUAUUAUUAUUAUUAUUAUUAUUAUUAUUAUUAUUAUUAUUAUUGACAUUAAGGUAUGGGAAAUAUUACCCAGUGAAAAGUUGUAUCUCUGCACUGAUAUCAUAAUAAAACAUACUGAUCUUUA